AUGCCAACACCAUCUUUCACCACCCUUGAAUGGGCAGAAGGGCUCCUUGAGAAGGACAGUGGCAGGAAGUGGGGAAAAGAUGUAGGAUGGCCAGCAAAAGACGGAUCUUGCUGGGCUGUGGACAAGGGCUCAUGUUCCACAUGGGGCAAUGGCCAUUUUUCAACCUUUGACAACUACCUGUAUGAUUUCUCUGGGACCUGCAACUACAUUUUUGCCACUGUGUGUGAUGAAAUCUCUCCGGACUUCAAUAUCCAGUUCCGGCGUGAUCCGAACAAAAAAAUUUCAAGAAUCAUCAUUGAACUGGGAGCCACAGUUAUCAUGAUUGAAAAUGGUGUCAUAUCAGUCAAAGAUGUUGGUAUAAUCAGAUUACCAUAUACCAGGAAUGGAAUUCAGAUUACACCUUUUGGACGUAUCACUCGCCUAGUAGCCAAGCUGGUUGAGAUUGACAUGGCUGUUUUCUGGAAUAACAAUGAUUACCUUAUGGUUUCAAUUGAGGAAAAAUACAUGGGAAGAACAUGUGGACUUUGUGGGAACUUUGAUGGGCAAGAAUUAAAUGAGUUUCUGAGUGAAGGCCAGCUCCUAGAUCCACACAAGUAUGCUGCUUUACAAAAACUUGAUGAUCCAACAGAGAUCUGUCCAUUUGAGGAAAUGGUGGUUUCUAAUGUUCCUCGCAAGAAAUAUAGCAGGAUCUGCUCCCAACUUCUGAGUGUUGUGUCUCCAUCUUGUAAUAUCACAAAGAAAGGCUUUGUCAUCCGUUGCCAGUUUGACAUGCAAAACUGCAAUGAUCCAGGGCAGAAAAACUGUGCUUGUGCAACUCUUUCUGAAUAUUCCCGGCAGUGUGCCAUGUCCCAUCAAGAAGUGUCUGAUUGGAGGAGUGCUGAUUUUUGCUCUCUGGGAAAAUGUUCAGCUAACCAGAUCUACAAAGAAUGUGGGUCUCCCUGCCUCAGAACAUGUUCUAAUCCAGAAUACACUUGUUCCAGCUACUGUACAUAUGGCUGUUUCUGUCCAGAAGAUACUGUUUUGGAUGAUAUUUCAAGAAAUAGAACAUGUGUUCCUGUUGAACAGUGUCCAUGUACACUAAAUGGGGAAAAAUAUGCUCCUGGUGAAGUCAUGGAAGCAGCAUGUAGAAGCUGUAAAUGUUCAAUGGGUCAGUGGAGCUGUACAGAACUACCGUGUCCUGGAAGAUGUUCAUUGGAAGGAGGUUCAUUUGUCACCACUUUUGAUUCCAGACCAUAUCGCUUCCAUGGAGUUUGCACUUACAUUAUUAUGAAGAGCCCCAUGUUACCACAUAAUGGAACACUGAUGGCUGUGUAUGAGAGGUCUGGCUAUUCCAGUUCAGAGACAUCCCUGACAGCAAUCAUUUAUGUCUCAGGAAAUGACAAAAUUGUGAUUUCUAAAAAUGAAAUUUUAACAGAUGAUAAAGAAAUUAAGUGGCUGCCUUAUAAAUCAGGGGACAUCACCAUCUUCAGGCAGUCAUCUACUCAUAUUCAAAUGGCCACUACCUUUGGAUUGGAACUGGUUGUUCAAAUUAUUCCACUAUUUCAAGUUUUUGUUAAAGUUGGACUGCAGUUUAGAGGCAACACAAGAGGGCUGUGUGGUAACUACAAUGGAGAAACAGCAGAUGACUUUAUGACAAGCAUGGAUAUUAUUGAAGGAACAGCACCACUUUUUGUGGAUUCUUGGAGGGCGGGAAAUUGUCCCGCUGCCAUUGAAAGAGACACAGAUCCUUGUUCUAUGAGCCAGUUAAACAAAAUGUGUGCAGAAACCCACUGCUCCGUUCUUACAAAGAAAGAAGCAAUAUUUGCAAAAUGUCAUAUUGUGGUGAAUCCUGUUCCAUUUUACAAGAGAUGUGUCUACCAAGCCUGUAACUAUGAAGAGACUUUUCCAUAUAUUUGCUCUGCCCUGGCAUCAUACGCUCGUGCAUGUGCUUCAAUGGGACUGCUUAUUGGGAACUGGCGGAGUACUGUAGACAACUGUACCAUUGCAUGUACUGGUAAUCAGACAUUCAGCUAUAACACACAAGCUUGUGAUCGGACAUGUCUGUCCCUCUCCAACCGAGAAUUAGAGUGUCAUUCUGCUGACAUCCCCAUUGAUGGCUGCAAUUGUCCCAAAGGAACUUACCUGAACCACAGAAAUCAGUGUGUCCGUAAAUCUCAGUGUCCUUGCUACUUGAAAGACAGGAAGUUUAUUCAGCCAGACCAGUCAACCAUGAUUGGUGGAAUCACCUGCUACUGCAUUAAUGGGAAUCUGAGUUGUACUGGCAAACCUGUAGAUCCUGCAGAAAAGUGCAGGCCUCCCAAAAAAUACAUUUCAUGUUCCUCCAACUCAGGAAGCAAGUACGGAGCUGCCUGUGCGCCAACCUGCCAGAUGCUGGCUACUGGAAUUCAAUGUGUCCCCAGCAAAUGUGAGUCAGGGUGUGUUUGUGAUGCUGGACUAUAUGAAAAACUAGAUGGUACAUGUGUACCACCUGAUGAGUGCCCUUGCGAAUAUGGUGGCCUCUCAUAUGAAAAAGGAGAGCAAAUUCAGACUGAAUGCAAGACCUGUACCUGUGCCAGAGGAAAAUGGAAAUGUAUCCAAAAUACCAAAUGCUCAUCAACAUGCAGCCUCUAUGGGGAAGGGCAUAUCAACACGUUUGAUGGACAGCGAUUUGUAUUUGAUGGCAACUGUGAAUACAUUUUAGCUAUGGAUGGUUGUGGCAUGGGUGGCUCUCCCCACACUUUUAAAAUAGUGACUGAGAAUGUUGUCUGUGGAAACACUGGAGUCACCUGUUCCAGGGCAAUCAAGAUUCAUCUUGGGAAUAUGACUAUCACUUUGGCAGACAGAAUAUACACUGUGUCUGGUUGGAAUUCCCAUACGGAGUUCUUCAUAGAAGAAAAUGCCCUCUACUUGGUUGUUGAGAUCACAAUACCUGACAAAUAUGAUAUGAUCCUUGUCUGGAACAGACACAUGAACUUAUUCAUCAAGAUUUCCAGAGAAGCAAAGGAUCACCUCUGUGGUCUAUGUGGCAAUUACAAUGGAAAUAUACGAGAUGAUUUUGAAACCAGAACUCGAUAUGUGGCAUCCAAUGAACUGGAAUUUGUAAAUUCCUGGAAGGAAAACCCAUUGUGUGGAGAUGUAUUCUUUGUGGCUGACCCAUGCAAUAGGAAUCCUUAUCGCAAAGCCUGGGCAGAGAAGAAGUGCUCUAUUAUCAACAGUCAAGUAUUUGCUGCCUGCCACAGUAAGGUAUACCGGAUGCCAUAUUAUGAAGCUUGUGUCCGUGAUUCAUGUGGAUGUGACACUGGAGGAGACUGUGAAUGCAUGUGUGAUGCCAUUGCAGUGUAUGCAAAAGCUUGUUUAGAUGUUGGUGUAUGCAUUGAUUGGAGAACCCCUGACUUCUGUCCUGUUUAUUGUGACUACUUCAACUCCCAUAAGAAGAGUGGCAUGGUUGGCACCUAUUAUUACUACGUUAAUGAGUUAAAUUGCACCUGGCAUUAUCGGCCCUGUAAAUGUCUAAACAUGUCAACAUCAGUGGGUGUCAAUAUUGAAGGUUGUUACAACUGUUCAGGAGAUGAAUACUAUAAUCCUAAGACAAAAUCGUGCGUGCCCUGUGGUAUUCCGCCACCAACACCCACACCAACACUGACACCGACACCAGCAGGUUUUGGAAAUCAGUAUCUGGUAUCAGAUACUGGAAAUCAAAAAAAACACGCAGCACAAGCAAAAUCUCGACACACACUGCACCAGAACUGUGUCCACAGAGUCGUCCACGGCCAGCACGCCAAAGACCACCCCCACGCCCACAACACCCAAACCCACCACCAGUACCACUUCGCCCUCAACCACAUCUACCUCUCACCCCACCACUCCAACUACCCCCACCAUGACCUCUACCAAAUCUACUCCAACAAGCACACACACCCCAACCACCACAACAUCACCCAUCACCCACAUUCCGCCAAUCACUCCAAUGCCAUUGACACCCACACCCAUCCCCCCAACACCAACGCCGACAGUCACCUCUACCACUCCGCUAAGCACCACCACUCCCACCACCACUACACCCACCACCACGGAAACGACCACGCCUCCAACCACAACAACCACUUCGACUACAACUCACCCCGUCACCAAGACAGAGUCGUCCACGGCCAGCACGCCAAAGACCACCCCCACGCCGACGCCCACAACACCCAAACCCACCACCAGUACCACUUCGCCCUCAACCACAUCUACCUCUCACCCCACCACACCAACUACCCCCACCACGACCUCCACCAAAUCUACUCCAACAAGCACGCACACCCCAACCACCACAACAUCACCCAUCACCCACAUUCCACCUAUCACUCCAAUGCCAUUGACACCCACACCCGUCCCCCCAACACCAACGCCGACAGUCACCUCUACCACUCCGCUAAGCACCACCACUCCCACCACCACUACACCCACCACCACGGAAACGACCACGCCUCCAACCACAACCACUUCGACUACAACUCACCCCGUCACCAAGACAGAAACAAUGCCCAGCACCGUCACGACACACACCCCGCCAGAGUCGUCCACGGCCAGCACGCCAAAGACCACCCCCACGCCGACGCCCACAACACCCAAACCCACCACCAGUACCACUUCGCCCUCAACCACAUCUACCUCUCACCCCACCACUCCAACUACCCCCACCACAACCUCCACCAAAUCUACUCCAACAAGCACGCACACCCCAACCACCACAAUAUCACCCAUCACCCACAUUCCACCUAUCACUCCAAUGCCAUUGACACCCACACCCGUCCCCCCAACACCAACGCCGACAGUCACCUCUACCACUCCGCUAAGCACCACCACUCCCACCACCACUACACCCACCACCACGGAAACAACCACGCCUCCAACUACAACAACCACUUCGACUACAACUCACCCCGUCACCAAGACAGAAACAACGCCCAGCACCGUCACGACACACACCCCGCCAGAGUCGUCCACGGCCAGCACGCCAAAGACCACCCCCACGCCGACGCCCACAACACCCAAACCCACCACCAGUACCACUUCGCCCUCAACCACAUCUACCUCUCACCCCACCACUCCAACUACCCCCACCACGACCUCCACCAAAUCUACUCCAACAAGCACGCACACCCCAACCACCACAACAUCACCCAUCACCCACAUUCCACCUAUCACUCCAAUGCCAUUGACACCCACACCCGUCCCCCCAACACCAACGCCGACAGUCACCUCUACCACUCCGCUAAGCACCACCACUCCCACCACCACUACACCCACCACCACGGAAACAACCACGCCUCCAACUACAACAACCACUUCGACUACAACUCACCCCGUCACCAAGACAGAAACAACGCCCAGCACCGUCACGACACACACCCCGCCAGAACCACUGUGUCCACAGAGUCGUCCACGGCAAGCACGCCAAAGACCACCCCCACGCCCACAACACCCAAACCCACCACCAGUACCACUUCGCCCUCAACCACAUCUACCUCUCACCCCACCACUCCAACUACCCCCACCACGACCUCCACCAAAUCUACUCCAACAAGCACGCACACCCCAACCACCACAACAUCACCCAUCACCCACAUUCCACCUAUCACUCCAAUGCCAUUGACACCCACACCCGUCCCCCCAACACCAACGCCGACAGUCACCUCUACCACUCCGCUAAGCACCACCACUCCCACCACCACUACACCCACCACCACGGAAACAACCACGCCUCCAACUACAACAACCACUUCGACUACAACUCACCCCGUCACCAAGACAGGUAUGUUUUCCCCACCGAUUCAAAACGCCAAGAUGGGGAACACGUUCCUUCCCCACUCAUGAUGUUUUCUAAGCUGCUUGGACUCCCUCUAAGACCUGGAGGGCCGUCUGGACGGCUCCUCCCAAAUGGGGAAGCCGGAGAGGACCUCAGCCUUCACGUAACUGGCCCGAGACU